CAUAAGGACCUUAUCUUUCAUAUCAGCGAGAAAGAACAAGGAAAACAUGUUAGGUUAAAUUGAUAUACACCUUGAUAGGGUUAAGGCGUCCAUAUGCUUCACAGCCGAAAUAGUUCGGUAGAGUUCGUGCAUAUAUUAUGAGUACGUUUUUGAAUUGUGUGAUUUUUUUUGAGGGGCUGUUCGGGCAAACCGCAUUUUUCUGGAGGCAAACUGAAGUUCGGAUCCUGGAGAUUGGUCAACAGUAGCUAUUCUUCAAUAGAGCCACACAGUGGAGGUGUCAAAAUACCCAUAAAAUCUAGCGGUCAAACAGGGAAAUGGUUCCAAUUGUUUUUCCACCAUUCAUCUUUCUCAUACGCGAUUUUAGAAACAGGGCUGUGUCUUGUGUAUGCUUACCCUGGCGUGACGUUUUGAUAAUCAUUUGAUUCUCUCUCGGACAAGGUGACAUUUAGGCUCUAUUUACUCUAAGAUUAAAAAAAAAAAAUGUUCAUUAGCAUCAAAAGUAGACAUCUUUAUUUAAAAUGACUUGCCUAGUUAAAUAAAAGGUUCAAUUUUUUAAAAAAAUAGGCAAGUCAGUUAACAAAUUCUUAUUUACUAUGACGGCCUACCCUGGCCAAACCUUAACCAGGACGAGGCUGGGCCCCAUUGUGCGCUGCCCUAUGGGACUCCCAAUCACGGCUGGUUGUGAUACAGCCUGGAAUCAAACCAGGGUCUGUAGUGACGCCUCUAGCACAGAGAUGCAGUGCCUUGGACCACAUCAUGCAAGACUACAAAUCCCUGCAACUCCUGCACAGCCUCUCUAGUUAACACCUUUGCUAACAGUUUAAAGGCAAAGGGGACAGACGAUGUUGAACUACAUGCCCCACAGUUCUUAGCAAACCCUUCGAACUGACGCUUCCACUUCCUCGUACCAGGCGCAAGCGCGCAUCGGUAAAGAAUGCGGACUUUGUCGCACACUGGAAACAGAACGCUGGUACAAAAGCUUCAAAGAGGAAAACAUGUCGAAAACACACACAAAGCCCCCGUCCUCGUCGGGGGCUACGACCUCCGGUGGACCUUCUUCCUCCUCAUCCUCCUCGCCCGCAGGUGGCACGACGUCUCCCGCCAACGUCCUGCACGUACAGCCUGAGAAGCCUCAACACUACACGUAUCUGAAGGAGUUCAGGACAGAACAGUGUCCUCUGUUUGUGCAGCACAAGUGUACCCAGCACCGGCCCUUUGCCUGCUUCCACUGGCACUUUCUGAACCAGCGGCGCCGCAGGCCCAUCCGCAGGCGGGACGGAACCUUCAACUACAGUCCAGACGUCUACUGCACCAAAUACGACGAGGGCACAGGCACCUGCUCUGACGGGGAUGAAUGUCCGUACCUGCAUCGUACGGCGGGCGACACAGAGCGGCGGUACCACCUGAGGUACUAUAAGACGGGCUCCUGUAUCCACGAGACGGACGGGAAGGGCCACUGCAGUAAGAACGGCUCCCACUGCGCCUUUGCACACGGAUCACAUGACCUACGAUGUCCCGUCUACGACGUCAGGGAGGUGCAGGUGAUGGAGUCUCAGGGGGGGUCGGGGGCUGCUGAGGGAGGAGGGGGGGAGGGCCAGUCGGGGCUGGCGGCCAGUACCGCCCUCAUUGAGAAGAUCCUGAGUGAGGAACCGCGUUGGCAGGAUAACACCUAUGUGUUGUCCCACUACAAGACAGAUCUGUGUAAAAAGCCUCCUCGUCUGUGUCGCCAAGGUUACGCCUGUCCGUACUACCACAAUAGCAAAGACAGGCGGCGUAGUCCACACAAACACAAAUACAGAGCGCUGCCGUGCCCAGCGGUGAAGCACAGUGAGGAGUGGGGAGAUCCCAGUAAGUGUGAGGUGGCAGAGGGAUGCCAGUACUGCCACACACGCACAGAGCAGCAGUUUCACCCUGAGAUCUAUAAGUCCACGAAGUGUAACGAUAUGCAGCAGUGUGGCAGCUGCCCCCGGGGCCCCUUCUGUGCCUUUGCACACCUUGACAACAAGCCCCCUAUCAGUGAAGAACCGUCGUUUCAGACCCCCAGCUCCCCACCUCUCCACCCAGGACCCCAAGACCCUCACCCUGCCCAGGAAGGAUGCUCCAGCCCUGGGGGCCGAGGUGGAAGAUCUGGGUCUCUGUCUGGAGGUCCGUUCUCCCCAUCAGGGGGGGUGUGUGUGGCAGAACAGGGCCUGUUAGGGAGGGUGCUGUCGUUGUGUGAGGACGUGUGUGGGGGAGGCGAACCCCUCUCCCCCUGGGCUGGGGAAGGGGGGUACGGUAGGGCACCGGGGUACGAGAGGGAAGAUCAUGCCAAACAGAAGAGUUUUACCAUGGACCAGCGCAACAGAGAAAUGGCGUCUCAUCACAGCAAACAGGACCUGCUGGUGUUCCUCCCAGUGGGUAGUCCUCUGAGUCUGUCCUCCAGUGUUCCCUCCAGCCUGGCAGCCACCCCUCCCAGCCCUGCCCCUCCUGGACCCCUCCACCAGGGCCACCACCACCAUGGAGCCCCAGCACCAGGCCUCUUCCCGGGCAUGAAUGCCAACGCACUGCCCUUCUAUCCCACCAGCGACACCGUGGAGUCUGUAGUGGAGUCAGCUCUGGAUGACCUGGACCUGAAUGACUUUGGCAUGUCUGCCCUGCAGAGAAGUCUGGACAGCAGCUCGGCUCUCCCCAGAGCCAUGCUGGGAGGAAAUCAGCUCCAGAGUUCUGCUCCUGUCAACAUUCCAGGAACCCUCUGCAGCUCUGCCCCUUUCAGCUCCCCCUCGCCCUCUCCACCAAUCAGAGCCCACCAAUCGCCAUUCUUCUCCUCCCAUCUAUCGCAGCCCAGCAAAUCAGAAAGCAGCUUCUUGGGGCCAUCGCAUAGCUCUUUAGGUCUGAAUGGUAUGAGCAGUAGUAUCUGGGAGCACCCAUCAGGCCAGGGUUCUCCCGGUACGCCCCCGGCCCUGAUACCCACCAUGGGCCAGAGCAUGGAGACAGCCCGGGUCCGACAGGAACUAGACGAUGCUAACAGACUACUGAAACACUGGGACCACACCUGGAGACAUACAGCACAGUCGUGGGCGGUGUUGAAGUCUGAUGCAGAGGAGUCUCGUGGCUCAGCCGGUCGGUCAGCUCUUGAAGCGGAGCGGGCCAGGCAGGCUGAGGAGGCGGCAAAGAGACAGACCUCCCUUCUCCAGGAGGCGCUGGAGAGCAUGAGGACAGGAGAGAACCCUCACUUGGGCCUCCACCAGCUCCAGCUGCUCCACAGACUGCCUCUAGAGUCUGUCCUCAGUUUGCAGGCCCAGCUCUGUACAUGUCUACACACUGUGGAACAGGUGGUGUAUAGAAAGCAGUGUCAAUGUUGUGUGACGUGUGGAGAGCAGGGAUCGGUCUCGCUGCCCUGUGGACAUGGUCUACUGUGUGACAGCUGCACCAGCUCUACAGAGUGCCCCCUUUGCCCAGAACAGAACCUAGAUCAGUUAUCCUGACCUAACUCUACUAUCUAUAGCCCAUAUAUAGAUAUGGUAUCCUCACUCAAAGACCAGCCCAAAGACCAGCCUCCGGUCCAUAUAGUCACUGAUUCAAGAUCAGAUUUUUUUUUUUACAUGCACUACCCGUCCAUAAGAAAUGAUUCAGGAUCAGCUUUAACCACAGACCUGGCUUUAACCAUUACAAGCUAAAUCACAAAUCUGACUCAGUUGUUAAAGGCAUGUAUGAUCCAGACAGCCAUCUCAUGAUGCAGCCUAAGUGGGCCACCAUUUGAAGGAGUACAAGGUUUUAGUUUUUACCAUUAGUUAUUAUUGUUUUGCUAAGGAGACUUAUAGUCUGAGGAAGAAUAGGGCUGCAUCUCAAUAGUAUAAAAAGGCUUCCUCUCCUCGUCUCCUUCACACUGAUCUGAAACUACAGGAAGGACAUAUGGUGGAAGCCUACAAAGAAAUUGCAGAUUAAGGAAGGAAAGCCAUGUUAAACUAUUUGGACGCUGCAGUCUUGUGUUGCUUACAGAUAGUUUCUGUGUGUGACUGACUCAGUCUGUGUUGCUUACAGAUAGUUUCUGUGCGUGACUGACUCAGUCUGUGUUGCUUACAGAUAGUUUCUGUGCGUGACUGACUCAGUCUGUGUUGCUUACAGAUAGUUUCUGUGCGUGACUGACUCAGUCUGUGUUGCUUACAGAUAGUUUCUGUGCGUGACUGACUCAGUCUGUGUUGCUUACAGAUAGUUUCUGUGCGUGACUGACUCAGUCUGUGUUGCUUACAGAUAGUUUCUGUGCGUGACUGACUCAGUCUGUGUUGCUUACAGAUAGUUUCUGUGCGUGACUGACUCAGUCUGUGUUGCUUACAGAUAGUUUCUGUGCGUGACUGACUCAGUCUGUGUUGCUUACAGAUAGUUUCUGUGCGUGACUGACUCAGUCUGUGUUGCUUACAGAUAGUUUCUGUGCGUGACUGACUCCGUCUGUGUUGCUUACAGAUAGUUUCUGUGCGUGACUGACUCAGUCUGUGUUGCUUACAGAUAGUUUCUGUGCGUGACUGACUCAGGUUUGCAGUCUAAUAUUAUUAUUCUUUGUUAACCGGAAAGAUGGGAGCAUGUUAACACAAUCAAGAAAAAUGUACUAUUCAAUUGUGUAGUCUGAAAUGAUGCCGAUUUUUCAUUUUAAUAACAAGGCGCUUCACGUUAACUCAAAUACCAGCCUUUUCUUUUUAUAAAAAUCUAUGUAUAAUGUUUUUGGGGCAUAAUUUACAUUUGUAAGCAUUUUGAUAUUUCACAGUAUGUCAAACUCAUGUCAAAUAUACACAGUUCUUGUAUGUCAUACUUGCUACAUGCACUGACUACACCAGGUGUCAGGCUUUGGAAACAGCAGGGGGGUGUGGGUGUGUUGAUAACCAAUGAAAAGACACGAUCACUACUAUACAUAGACCUGGCACAAAGUUCACACCUUGUCCUACUGCAUCCACCAACAGUGAUUCAUUUUUGUGUGUUUUGGUAUAAAAAAAUAAAACAAAUGUAUAUUUUUGGA